AAAGACUAUGUCUCUGCUCCUGAGGAGUAACAGCACAUACAAGCCAGAUGAUGGUGCUACACUACAUUAUGAGCCAGAAAUCAUUGGUUCCUUAAUUAUCUUCAUUCUCACCUUUAUCCUGGGCCUCCUGGGCAAUUGCUUGGUGAUCUGGGUGGCUGGCCUGAAAAUGAAGCGGACCAUGAACACUGUGUUGUUCCUGCACCUUACCAUUGCUGACUUCCUGUGCUGCAUGUCUCUGCCAUUCUCCAUCAUUCACCUGAUCCUCCAUGAGUACUGGCCAUAUGGCCGCUUCCUCUGCAAGGUUAUCCCAUCAGCCAUCAUCCUCAACAUGUUUGCCAGCAUCUUCCUCCUCACUUCCAUCAGCAUUGACCGGUGCCUGAUGGUGAUGAAGCCAGUUUGGUGUCAGAACCUCCGUACCAUGAAGCUUGCAUCAGUGAUGUGCGGUUGUAUCUGGCUCGUGGCUUUCAUUAUGUGUUGUCCUGCCUUCCUCUACUGUCAGACCUUCAAAGGCAAAACUGUUUGUAGUUAUCAAUUUGGAGAUGAUAGGGAUUAUGGAGAUUAUAUGGAUUAUGGGAAUGAUUCAGCCAUGAGUUCUGGCAUAUCCCCAGAUGAAUAUCCUGGUGGUUUCUCCAGCGCUGAUAUUCCUGGCAGCCUUGACAAUGAUAUUAUCUUACUGGGGAACUUUAAUGAUUACUUCUCCAACAGCAGUCAGCCAACCACCCCACUGACCAUAAGUAUUACCAGGAUUGUCUUUGGCUUCCUCCUUCCCUUUAUCAUAAUGGCAGCUUGCUACAUCCUUAUAGUCGUCAAGAUGCAUGGAGCCCAAUUUACCAAACCCUGUGGUAAGACCCUGCGAGUGAUCCUGGUUGUGGUGGUAGCAUUCUUUAUAUUUUGAGCUCUGUUCCAUGCAGUUGGGGCACUGUCUCUCCUAGCUAUGCCGGGCACUGGAUUUAGGGAGGCAGUAGCACUGUGGGACCAUCUCUCUAUAGCACUAGAUGCCAACAGCUGCAUCAACCCUUUGCUCUAUGUAUUUGUGGGGUGGGACUUCAGGCAGAAGGCACGCCAAUCGGUGCAGGGCAUCUUGGAGGGCGCCUUCAGCGAGGAAGUUACACGCUCCACUUCCUACUCACAGGACAGGACCAAGAUUUCAGCAUACAGGGAUAUCAGCAGCAACACCCUCUAAAAUGGGGCUUCCAGACAGCAUUGC